CUGAAUGCUUAAUUUCCUCAAAAAUGGUCAUUCUCGCAGCGUCGAUAUGCACCCGCGGAGGCAAAGCCGUCCUCUCGCGGCAGUUCCGUGAAAUUGCACGAUCGCGAAUCGAGGCCCUCCUCGCAUCGUUCCCCAAACUUGCCGAUUCCGGAACGCAACACACCACCGUCGAACAGGAUAACGUCAGAUUCGUAUAUCAGCCUCUGGACGAACUUUACAUCGUUCUGAUAACGAACAAACAAUCAAACAUUCUCCAGGAUAUCGACAGCUUGCAUAUUUUUGCUCAGGUGGUCACGAGCAUUUGCAAAAGUCUUGAUGAACGCGAGAUUCUACGCAAUGCCUUCGAACUCCUUUCGGCCUUCGAUGAGGUGGUUACGCUGGGCUACCGAGAGAAUCUCACACUAUCUCAGAUAAAGACUUUCCUUGAAAUGGAGAGUCACGAUGAACGUAUUUCGGAAAUUAUUGAGCGGAACAAGGAACUUGAAGCGAGCGAAGAGAGGAAAAGAAAGGCAAGGCAGCUUGAGAUGCAACGCAAAGAGGCUGCGCGGUUGGCGAAAGGAACGGCCCCUCGUGCCCCAUCCUAUCCGGUCUACAGUCAGCCUACCCGACCCACCAUUCCCGAUACCCUGGAUACCUAUGAAGCAGAGAAGAAGAAAACAUUCACAAAGGCUCUACCAUCCCGAGGUAAAGGGAUGCAACUUGGUAAGAAAUCGAAGACGACAGACAUUUAUGAGAAAGUCCGCGGAGACCUUGGACCCGAAGUUGAAGAAUCUGCUCCUGUCUCCGCAACCCCUGCUGCCGUUGCUGGAGUAGCACCUGUAUCUUCCAGACAAUCCGUGUCGACCGACCGCGAGGCAGUACACAUAACUGUAGCCGAAACGGUUUCUGCCAAACUAUCUCGGGAUGGUGCGAUGAAAUCUUUUGAAGUGAAGGGGGAUUUGCAGCUCCGCAUUUCCGAUCAAUCAUUCACGAAGUUGAAGCUUGAUCUCAAAGCCAACCCAACACACGGCGCACAGUACCGUACUCACCCGAACGUGGACAAGGCGCUCUUUACCAACUCGAAAACCAUCCAGCUUAAAGACACGUCAAAACGAUUUCCAGCGAACAACUCUAUUGGAGUUUUGCGGUGGCGUGUCGCCAGCAGCGACGACGCCGACUUGCUACCUAUUACGUUCACUGCCUGGAUUAACAAGGGAUCUGAUUCUACUACAGUAACGGUGGAAUACGAGCUCUCCGGCUCCGAGAGCCUAAAAGAUGUCGUUGUUACAAUUCCUUUCCACACAGUUGAGCCGAGUAUCUCCAGUUUUGACGCCGUAUACGAAGUUACCGGAGACAGCAUAGAUUGGAACAUUGGAAAUGUCGACGACUCUAACAAUUCGGGCAGUUUCGAGUUUGAAUCAAAUAACCCUGACGGUGACGAAAACGAAUUCUUCCCUAUGACUGUCCGUUUCAACAAGCCCAGUCCAUUUGUUGACGUUGACGUUCUCGGUGUCUCCUUGGUAGAAAUGGAAGGCGAAGGAGUCAAUUUCUCAAAGGAUGUGAAGUGUAUCGCAGAGGGUUAUAUGAUUGAGUGAACAAUAAAUAUGGCGCAAAGUGCUUUUAGCUCUGUAUAGUUCUACAGAAUCAUAUUUUUUUUUGUCUUUG